GAGAGUGAAGCGAGGACGAGGUUGGUAGGCGACUCGCUGAGCCUGCUGGGGCUCUGUUGUUGCUCCCCCCACCGCUCUGUCAACAACGCUGACGGACACUCCGAGCCUGAAGCAAUCACACGUCUCGUCUGCUCUCACGUUCCCUACACCUUCGCAGCGGCCCUUCUCUCGAUGACUCCAAGGCAAUUGCGACUACAAAAGGGGCCACAGCAAUGGUCGGUCACCUCUCAGCCACGGAUUUGACCUCACAAUUGCUUCAAAGAUGCACUUCUCUCUACCCCUCGUUCUGGUCGCCCUCGCAAGCGCAGCCACAUCGACGCUAGCCGCUACCCUCUCGUGGGACGGUACCAAGAUCCCUAACAUCUGCUCCAACGACCUCUAUGCGAUCCAGUGCUUGGGUCUGCCCUCCUCGCUCCACCGCGACAGCAGCGAUGCGACCAGCCACCGCUCCAUGAAUGCUUGUCGUAGUCCCAAUCGAUGUGCGGGCAGCCAAGACUACGGUAGCUGUGACGAGUACCCCUACGCUUCGAGCGCUGAAGGCGGUGCCCAGGCUGUGACUCGCUGCGUGCCCGCUCACGAGAACAGUGUCCAGGGCGGCACUUUGAGCUCCUUCUACACGCGCAAUGACAUCGAGCAAGGCGAUCAAUACAACGUCGCAUUCUACAACACGCGUGGACUCGAGUACGCGGAUGGAUCCUGCGACAACAGCGGUGACGAGGUCCGUCGACGCCAGCUCCAUCCUCGUGAUCUCCUGCGCAUGAACACCGCGGCCUACUCGAGGCGAGUCUUCAAUACCGCCGAAGGCCACGAGCUCGUCAUGUUUGAGCCCUUGAGCCAGCCCAAGGCUCUCGACCGUGUACUUGGCACCGAUGCCUACCUGGCAACGGAAGCAAGGUGGGUUCCCAUUGUCAAUGCUACGAUGUGAGGUAGCGCUUGAUCAAAAGGCAUUUGUUUGUUCUUUGAGAAGGCAAGCUGUACCACUACCUUGCUUCGAAUUCAAACGUCAUGUCUUGUGGUCGCCUUCAUUCUCGCUGCGUGUGGCCCGUGCAGGG